AUGACAGAAAAACCGCCGGAUGAGGGCGUGCAACGAACCGAAUUUCUCAAGGAUGCCAUUCGCAAGGUGGAUAAUUCCCAACUCGAUUUCUUUGUCAAGCAUAAGGAGCAGAUAAUGUCUACUGAAGUUCAGGGCACGGCCUCGACACUGUUUAGAAAAAGAUUGCAAAAACUGGGUGUCUGGUGUGAAAAACUGGCCAAGGAGGUUGAGGAGCGACAAAAGCGCAUCGAGGCAGAACGUUUGGCUCGAGAAGAGGCGAUGAGGCAGCGAGAGGAGAUUGACUUUGAAUUGGACAUGAGACCUGCCUCACCGAAGACCAAGAGUGCGUUGUACAAUGGCGUCUCACAUGAUUUUGAGGGCAGGCACCACUACCUGAAACUUCGCAAUAAAUUGUCACCGGAAGUGAAGUAUCCGGUCAAAGAAACCACCGCCUGGGACCUCGGAUGGCGCCUCUCGGACACUAUAAAACCAGAGGAUAUAAAAAGCUCACCCUUCAAUCGCAUUUCAAUCGUUGAGAACUCGUUUUUCACCAACUCCGGAAUUCCUUUUGAGACCGAAUAUCGACCCACGCCCCGAGUUUGGUACAAGUGA